AUGUCGAGUCCGGCGCGCCGUCACCCGCUGCGGCCGUCCCACGCCACUGCAACGUGUGUCCACUGUUUUGCGUCGCCGUCGCUGCGCCCUUCGCGCUGCGCGCUGCCGUACCUCAACGGCCUCCGCUCGUCGGCGAGCAACCCCGAUGUCUACUACUUGACUGCGCACGAAGCCAGUCCGAGCAAGGUGGACCCCGAGAAGCACUAUGCUGCCGAGGCCCACUUGUGCCCCAAACACAAUGUCCUCAAGCCCAAGCGCAACGUCAUCGUCAUGCCAAGCCUCGCCCACACGGGCAUCUCGCUCGCGUCCGACCAGUCGGACCGCACCGAGUGGCGCGCCGACUUGCACGCGCUCACCACCGACUUGCAUCGCACGUGGACGCCGGCGCCCAUUGUGUGGAGCGAACAGGCGUUGCAUGUGGGCUUCUUUAAGGACGCCGCGCAGGUCAAGCCCAGCGUGCACUCGGUGCUGCUCCAAGGACUCCAACAGUCGCCGUCAGACACAGCGAUACCUUGCGUGAGCCUCUCGUCGCCAUACCGGCCAAAACACCUCUAA